AUGCCACAAAGUGCUGAAAAUAUUUUGCUUGUUGAGACAAAAAAUAAUUAUGUGUUUGACGAUGAAAUAAAGGAUGAGAGUGGGCCCCAGGAUCUGGCUUUUGCUGAGAACAAUACUUCACAAUUAACUGAUCUCAACUUGAAAUUACAAGGUAAAAGCAAACUCAUUGCUCAGUUGCAUGAUGACAUCAAGUGUAUCAUUCCAAAAUUAAGCUUAUGGAAAUCACAGUCGUUAAAUAAAAAUUCAGUUCAUUUUCCUAAAUGCAAAGAGCUGAAAAAUGCUGCUGAUACUGAUUCUAUACUUAGCUUUGCUAUACUAUACUUUGCUGAGAUUAUACUUAGCUUUGCUAAGUAUAACAGUCACCUGGAAUUGUUAUCAACAGAAUUUCAGGAACGAUUUCGUGAUUUCUCAUCAUUUGAACAUCAGUUUACUUUAUUCUCAGCACCAUUCACCUUUGAUAUUGCUAAGGUAGAAAAAAGCCUGCAGAUGAAACUAUUAGAAACGCAGUCGAAUUCUUCACUCACAGCAAAGUAUUUUCAAGCAGGGAUACGUGGUGUCUUUGCAUGCCUACCUGAAAAUUUAAAAAACUUCAGAGAGUUUUCCACAAGGUUUACAGGAAUGUUUGGUUCUACCUAUGUGUGUAAACAGUUAUUUUCCUUCAUGAAAUCAACAAAGACUUCUCAGAGAACAAGGCAGACUGAUCAACAAUUAUCAUCUCUGAUCAAACUCAGAGCAGCACAGACAUUUCAGCCAGACAUACCAAAAAUUGUCUGCAAAACGAGAUGUCAAGCCUCAGGUCAAAACACGAAAACUGUUUGA